UAGGUUUGACUUGUAUGAAUGAGAUGAGAUGUUCCGUUAUAUAUAGUAUUUAUUGCAGGAAUAAAUGUAGAAAUACGCCGCAUUUUACGUUCAAACAGAAAAGAGAAACCGUUGUUCGGUGAUCAGCAAUUAGAGAAUAAGUUUGUUUCCAUUUUUGAGGAAUGCUUAAUCUGUGAGAAGCAAAAUCAGAAAAAUGGAGAGUUUAUUGAGCGACAAAUGGGACGUGCAGCACAAGCAUGCGCCGGAGGAGGUGUUGCAGCGGUGGAGGGGCCUCUGCGGCGUCGUGAAGAACCACAAGCGCCGCUUCCGAUUCACGGCCAUCCUCUCCAAACGCUACGAGGCUGCCGCCAUGCGCAAAACCAAUCACGUAAUCCACUUUGAAAUUACAUGACAUUUUCUCCAUCUUCAUGUCUCUUAUUAUCUGGUUUGAUUUCAGGAGAAGUUCAGAGUGGCAAUCCUCGUAUCGAAAGCCGCAUUUCAGUUCCUACAGGCCGAGCGACGACGAUUACACCGUGCCUCAACAAGUCCAGGAUGCCGGUUUCCAGAUCUGUGCAGAAGAGCUGGAAUCCAUCGUGGAGGGCCAUGACCUCAAGAAACUCAAGCUCCACGGGGGCGUCACCGGCGUUGCCGACAAGCUCGCCACUGACUGCUCCACGGGCAUCCCCAGCGACGAUGGCGAGUCCCUCAACCGCCGGCGCCAGGUGUACGGCACCAACACCUUCCAAGAGAGCGAGCCCCAGAGUUUCUGGAUGUUCGUUUGGGAGGCUCUUCACGACAUGACACUCAUGAUCCUUGGUGCCUGUGCGCUGGUCUCCCUCGUCGUCGGCAUACCAACUGAAGGAUGGCCUAAAGGAGCCCAAGACGGCAUCGGCAUUGCCGCCAGCAUCUUGCUCGUCGUGUUCGUGACAGCCACCAGUGACUACCAGCAGUCGCUUCAGUUCAAGGAUUUGGACAAGGAGAAGAAGAAGGUCUCUGUUCAAGUCACCAGAAACGGCUACCGGGAGAGGAUGUCCAUCUACCAACUCCUGCCCGGUGAUAUCGUGCAUCUCUCCAUUGGUGAUCAAGUCCCUGCCGAUGGCCUCUUUCUCUCAGGGUUCUCCGUUUUGAUAGAUGAGUCCAGUUUAACCGGAGAGAGUGAGCCCGUCAUGAUCAGCCUCGAACGCCCUUUCCUUCUCUCUGGAACAAAGGUUCAAGACGGGUCCUGCAAGAUGCUGGUGACCACAGUUGGGAUGAGAACCCAAUGGGGUAAGCUGAUGGCCACCUUGAGCGAGGGAGGAGACGAUGAGACGCCGCUGCAGGUCAAGUUGAACGGAGUGGCAACCAUCAUUGGAAAGGUGGGGCUCUUGUUUGCUGUGGUGACCUUUGCUGUGCUGGUGCAGAAGAUGAUGAGCCGUAAAUGGGGUGAGGGGACAACCACAAUAUGGUCGGGAGAUGAUGCUCUUGAACUGUUGGAGUAUUUUGCUAUUGCUGUCACCAUUGUUGUUGUAGCAGUACCUGAAGGCCUGCCUCUAGCUGUGACGUUGAGCCUUGCCUUCGCCAUGAAGAAGAUGAUGAACGAUAAGGCAUUGGUGCGCCACCUUGCUGCUUGUGAGACCAUGGGAUCAGCCACCAAUAUCUGCAGUGACAAAACAGGGACUCUAACAACCAACCGUAUGACUGUGGUGAAAUCUUGCAUCUCCAUGGUUGUCAAGGAUUUGAGCAUUGAAGCAAGUGUUUCUGAAAUGCGCUCUCAGCUCCCAGAAUCUGUGUUGAAGAUUCUGCUUCAAUCAAUCUUCAACAAUACAGGUGGAGAAGUAGUGGUGAGCAGGGACGGGAAGCAAAAGAUUCUUGGAACUCCAACAGAGGCAGCUAUUCUCGAGUUAGGCCUGUCGUUAGGAGGGGAUUUUCAGGCACAGAGACAGCCACACAAAGUAGUGAAACUGGAGCCCUUUAACUCCACAAAGAAGCGAAUGGGUGUGGUGCUGGAGCUGCCAGAAGGAGGUCUGAGAGCUCAUACGAAAGGUGCCUCGGAGAUAGUCUUGGCUGCCUGCGACAAGGCCAUCAACUCAGAUGGCGAAGUUGUACCACUGGAUGAGGCAUCCAUCAAUCAUUUGAAGACAGCAAUUGAUGAGUUUGCAAACGAGGCUCUUAGGACGCUGUGCCUCGCCUAUUUGGAGCUUGAAAACGGUUUCUCUGCUAGUGAUGACAUUCCAACCUCGGGAUACACCUGCAUAGGAAUCGUGGGAAUCAAAGACCCUGUGCGCCCUGGAGUCCCCGAGUCCGUUGCACUGUGCCGUUCAGCUGGUAUAUGUGUAAGGAUGGUUACCGGAGAUAACAUCAAUACUGCCAAAGCUAUUGCUAGAGAAUGUGGGAUACUUACUGAUGAUGGCAUUGCGAUAGAAGGUCCAGUUUUUCGCGAAUUGAGUAUGGAGGAGUUGCACCAACUAAUUCCCAAAAUCCAGGUGAUGGCUCGUUCUUCACCAAUGGACAAGCAUACAUUGGUCAAACACUUGAGAACUACAUUUGAUGAAGUUGUGGCUGUCACUGGUGAUGGCACGAAUGAUGCUCCUGCACUUCACGAAGCAGAUAUUGGACUUGCAAUGGGCAUUGCUGGGACUGAGGUAGCCAAAGAGAGUGCCGAUGUCAUAAUUCUAGACGACAAUUUCUCCACAAUCGUGACAGUAGCCAAAUGGGGGCGCUCAGUCUAUAUAAACAUUCAAAAGUUUGUGCAGUUCCAGCUCACUGUUAAUGUCGUUGCACUGGCCGUCAACUUCUAUUCAGCUUGCCAGACUGGAAGUGCUCCCCUUACAGCCGUUCAGCUCCUGUGGGUGAAUAUGAUAAUGGACACUCUUGGUGCACUUGCACUUGCAACUGAGCCUCCUAACGACGAACUGAUGAAGAGACCUCCUGUUGGGAGAAAGGGAAACUUCAUUAGUAAUGUCAUGUGGAGGAACAUCUUAGGACAGUCGAUCUAUCAGUUCCUCGUGAUCUGGUUCCUUCAGAAGCAUGGGAAGACUUUCUUCUUCCUCCAUAGCCAUGUUGACUCCAACUUGGUGCUAAACACGAUUAUCUUCAACACAUUUGUUUUCUGCCAGCUGUUCAAUGAGGUGAACUCGAGAGAAAUGGAGAAAGUCGAUGUGCUCCGAGGCAUACUGGACAACUAUGUCUUCGUGUUAGUUUUAGGUUCUACUGUGCUAUUCCAGAUCAUUAUCAUCCAAUACCUUGGCACAUUUGCAAGCACCACGCCUCUCACAUUCAUGCAAUGGUUCUUCAGCAUUUUUAUUGGAUUCUUGGGAAUGCCUAUUGCUGUCUUUUUGAAGAGACACGUUCCCGUCCAACCUUAGUAAAUCAUGCAUAACAUACCUUAAUAUCUGUUGCUGUCUGAGCCACCAGUCGUUGCAUGAAGAUGUGGCUGUCACCUGUAAUAUUGAUAUCAUUCCAAAGGAAAAAAAGACAUGACGGAUUCAAAUCCUGCAAUCAUCAGCUGCAUAUAUUACAAUACACGCCCAAAUGACCAGAAGCAACUCGGAUAUAAAGAUCCCUCACAGAAGCAGCCAAUAGCUUAAGCAAAAGUAGGUAGACAAUCAUAGAAAAGAUAAUAUGUACUCAAUUUGCAUUCAGAUUAGCAUACGGCAAAAAAUGCUCAAAAGUUCACAGUGCACACUUGUACCGCUUGAAAUACAGAUGGGACAAAUAGAAUCUGUUUAGAAGCAAAGUUCAUACUGUACAGCUAGAUAUCAGUUCAUCAUGCUAUAACUAAAGGCCUUUUUCACCUUUCAGAAA